AUGAAUAUUAUUCAAAAUGACAAAUUGAAGAUAUCAAUCAAGGAUAUUGGAGCUGAGCUAACAAGUAUCUUUAACAAAGCAAAGAAUCGUGAGUAUUUAUGGACUGGCAAUCCAAAGUAUUGGAGUGGCCAAUCACCAUUGCUCUUUCCUUUCAUCGGAAACAACUGGAACAUGAAGUAUAAAUACGAAGGAAAAGAAUAUUCCAUUGAUAAACAUGGAUGGGCGAGAUUUAAACAAUUUGAAGUUGUGAAUAAGACAUCAGAUCAAGUUACUUUUAAGCUCACUAGCAAUGAUGAAACAAAGAAAUCAUAUCCAUUCGAUUUCUCCUUAAAUGUUUCAUAUACUUUAAAGGAUUGGCAACUCAAAGUUGAUUGGAAGGUUUCAAAUCCAUCCAACAAGUCAAUGUUCUUCCAAAUUGGAGGACAUCCGGGCUUCAACUACGUUGAUUUCAAAGAAGAAGACAAAGUCAAAGGGUAUUUCCAAACAAAUUGCAACAAAGUUUUGUUUAAGCUUGUUGGAGCACAAGGAUGCCUUAACGUUGAUAAAGUAUACACUCUUGAAUCCCCAGAUGGAAUAUUUGAGCUCAGACCAGAAAUGUUUGAUAAUGAUGCAUAUGUAAUCCAGGAUACACCAAUAGAAUGGCUCCAAUUACUUGAUAAGAACAAAAAACCAUACGUCAAAAUGGACUAUAAGUUCCCUGUCACAGGAAUUUGGACUCCUGCUGGAAAGAAUGCCCCAUUUGUUUGCAUUGAGCCAUGGUAUGGAUGCUGUGAUCGCCAAUAUUAUGAUGGAGAUUUGGCUCAUAAGGAUUAUAUCAAUGAAUUGAAAGGAAAUCAAGAUUUUGAUGCCUCAUAUACAAUUUCAAUAGUGAACGAGUAA